CGGCCCGUUUACAAACCCACGCCCGGCGACGAAGACUUCGAAGCUCGAGCCGUUCCCCGUUCCCACCACCGCCCCUCCGCCCGGCUCUUCCAUGGACGGCCUCCAGCGCCGGCCCGCGGCGGCGGCCGCCGCGAGCGCGAGGGGCGAGGGGCAGCCUCCGGGCGGGCAGCGCGUCAUCCACUGCGACGUCGAGCCGGCGCCGCGGGCGUGGCCCGGGAUGCAGAUGCUGGCCCUCGCCGCCGUCCUCGUGCUCGGGGGCCUCCAGUUCCUGCCGGCUACCCACUUCCGCCACCCCGCCGACCCCUCCCGCACCUGGGUCCCCUUCGACUCCUCGCGCCACCCCCAGGAUCUGUCCCAUGAGGUUGAAACUGUAGAUGUAUACUCUUCGAUAAGCUGUCUGGAUCUUCGUACUCUUGCUGUGCUGACAAACUCCACCCUGUCCAGCUCAAGUGAUCCGCAUCAUGUAUCCUUCAAUUUCGUGAUACCUGAAGGAGGCAAUGAUCAAGUGCCCUACUACAAGAUAAAAGCAGUGCUACCUGAUUCAAAUAUUACUGUUACUAGCCAGAAGCGAAUCAAGGAUAAGCUAAAUCUUGCCACUCCAGAAGGAAACUUUUUUGCGUUAUUCCCCAAUGAACUGUCACCAAUCGUUAUUGCAAGGGCUCUCUCACGAACGAGAUAUGUUUAUAUCUCAGCAGACUCAAUGAUAAAGGGAAAAAUUGAAGACCUUGUUCGCAUUGAUUUGGGCAGUUAUGCCGUGGGUGCUUCUGAAGAUUGUAGCUCGCGCCUUGGAGAUUACAUCAGUAUGGAUGUUCUGAAUGCUGUCCAAAGAACAGCUCCAAGAGGUUUGCUACAUCAUACUGAAACUUUUGACAAGGACACGUGCCUACUUGAUUUUGAUGUGCUUCUGGUGGAGCCACGUAAUAUAAAGAGGAAUCUGAUUGACUCUGUCGCCUUUUGGACCAAGGCUGUCAACCUAGCUAAUCAAAGGGACAGUGUUAUGUUGGCAAUGACUCUGGCCUUCUAUGACGAUUAUCUAAAGCUCCCUACCAACUGGAAGCGCGCAGAUGCUAACACAGACAUUCUAUACUAUGACGGACCCAAGAAUGUUUGCGCUGAAGAUGGCCUCCAGCACCAAGAAAAAGGAUCCGGCGAGAUCUGGCAGCACUACCUUGGUCCGAAGUCCGACUCGGUGUUGAGCACCUGAAAGGCGGCAUUUCAUCCUAUGUUCUCCAUCAGUGGAAGACCAGCAUUUGAGAUAGGGCGUUGAACCUUUCAGCUGUAGCACAAGAUAUAAGAGGACGCGGGUUACCUAUUAACGUAUCACACAUAGCAGUGAAAGAUAGCAUGCUUUUUUGUUACCAUUACCAAAGGAUCACCAAAAUGUUGUACUCAGUAAACUGAUUUCGUUGAGGCAAGUCAAACCCAUGUCGUGUUUGUACAACAAUGUUUUAGAAGCAUCUAAGCAUAUCUUUUGUCUGCA